AUGGAGCAUUAUCGAGAAAUCGAAGCAAUCAGAAGGCCUGGAUCCCCACAACUCGACGUGACAAAAGUCAGAGGAUCAUGGCGUGAUUACCUUGAUCCUAUAGAUUAUUCGGAUAUUGAUGAAAUCGAAAGUGAUUUUUUAGAAUUUAAUCAUUUCGAAUCGUAUGAAGACGAUGAAGAAUUCAUCAUGGACUCAUUCGAUUUCGAACCAUUUUCCGAUACUUGCGGAGAAUGUGAUAACGAAGGAGAAGAAACGGAUACGGAUAUGGAAGGUUUGGAUUUAACACUUUUCGAACCCAUCAAAUCAUCGGAUAAAUGUAAACAUAAUUGUUGUUGUUCUUGCAUUAAUAACGCCGUCAAAGGUGAUUGCGGGUAUCUUUUGAUAUCCGUACCAGUGAUUAAAUCCGAAACCUACAUCGGUGAAAAGGAAAAUUUAAAUUAUGAUAAGUGA